UGAUCAUGAAUCAUAUUGACAUAUCGCGAAACUCGAACGGACGUGGUUUUGGUAUUUGAAAACAGGAAGGAGGCCGUUAAUAUAAAAUGAAAGUCAUAAUUAUCGUGUGUCUCAUAGUUUUAUUGAAGGAGACGUCAAGCAAACCGAAUGAUGAUAAAGAUAACGAGAAAUGUGAGGGUAUCCUCGUUAGGAAUAAGUUUCACAGGAAGCACGUGAUCGGCAUGGGCUUGAAUCGCCCCUACCAACUAGCCUGCGACCACGCUGAUCACAAGAUCUUCUUCAGUUUCAACGUAGGCAAAGACGAUGAGGACUCCUUUGAAAUAGGUUUCAUAGAAAAGGGUCAUAUAAAACAUAAAGUUAUUGAAGGUGUUGAAAAUGGUUUUGCUAUCGCAAUAGACAACAAAGAUAAAGUUGUUUACUUCGGAGGAAGCAACGGCAUCUACAGGCACCAUUUCAAAACCAACAGCAGCGUUACAAAAGUACUGAGUAACCAUGAUAUAUGGGACAUGUUCUUCAAACAUCAUCUAUACUUUAUAACAUAUCCUCAACAGCAUCUGUAUAAAUUGGUUCAUAUCAAAAAUGAGACUGAAAUCGAACGUCAAAAACAUGUACACGAAAAUAUAUACCAGUUUGCCAUCGACGGUGACGAUGAUAUGUUUAUUACUAACGCAACUGGUUUAUACCUAGUAAAGAACGGUACCACUGACAGGAUUUUCUAUGAGGGACCCAAAAUGUACCGAGCGAUUGAAAUAAAUAAUAAAGGAGUUGCCCACUUCAGCGGGCAAAAUGGUAUUUUUGUUGCCAAUAAAAAAAAACAUAUCCUUGAAAAAAUUGCACAUGUCAAAAACAUUUUCGGUUUGGCGUUUGACAGCGAGGACAAUAUCAUUUAUUCUGAUCCACAUGAAAUAGUUAAACUAGUACUUGAGGAUUGUAAAUAAUGGUAAAUGGUUUUUUUUAUAUAAUGAGUACAAAAAUGCACUAUUUUUUAUCUAAACACAUGAAGUGAAUACUAUACUCAUAGAAUACAUAAUAUUUAUCUAGACACUUAGAAAUAACUAUGGUGAUUCGUUCAUCCAAAAACGUCGAAACAGAAUAUGAAGAAAAUAUAUAUAAAUUACACAAAUCUUAUUUUACUGCAUGUAUUUUUUUUUUACUCGUUUUUUAUUUGCACAAUGUUUUUAUUCCAAUAACUAUAAAAGAGGCUUAAAUAUGUAGACUAUUAAAUAAAUAAUUGUGUAUUAUUUUAAGCUUGAUAUUUGUUAAAAAUUAAAUAAAUGUUUUUAUCUGUG